UUUGUAGCGAAGGGCGAAAUAACAACAUGGCGAGAGUCGCAAGCGGUGACCCUGGGCGGUUUGAUUGCAUUAUUGAUCGGAUCUAAACCAAUUAAGCCGGUGAUUAAAACCCCAAAGAUGGCGUCGGGGGAUGACUUGGCGACGGUGUUCAGCAGUGAUGAAAGCACUGUUCUGUCACAAGACGACGUGGAAAUGGCGGUGUCUGGAAUUAACAUGUUACUCAACAACGGAUUUGACGAAGCGCAAGCCUUGUUUUGCAAAUACAAAGAUGACAGCCCAUUGAUGAAUGCUGGAUACAGUUUUGUUCACUUCAUGCAAGCAUUGAUGUCGUUUGAGGAGGAGAAGCUGGCCGAGGCGUUGAAGAUUCUUCAGACCACGGAGAAAACGUGUGAGACAGGAGACGGCUUCAUCCGUGCCUUUAAGAAAAGGUUCUCAAAGAAGAAACAACAGGUUGGCAGUGAGCUGAGUGUGGAGGAUCGGAUCCAGCGCCAGGUAAUCGUGGCCGACUGUCUCCUCUACCAGGCCGUCCUCGUGUUCACCAACCAGGACAUCGCGUCCUACAUCAAGGGCGGCUGGUAUCUGCGACGCGCGUGGAAGCUCUACGAGAAACUCCACAGUGAGGUCAUCCAGCUGCAGGAGAAGAAAACAUGCGAGAAAAUCAACCAACUCUCGUUAAAUCUUUCCAAGCCGGACUCGAACGAUUCCGUUCCAAACCAGACACAGAAGCCAUCCAAGGAGAGCACGAGCAAGUUGCCUCAGGAACCCGCCAUGGACAAUAACGACAACGAGCUGACACAGGAAGUGAUCUCGCGUCUGCUCGGCUCCGUGAAUUUUGGGUACGGCACGUUUCAGCUGUGCAUGUCGAUGGUUCCGCCCAAGAUCCUAAAGCUGAUUGAGUUUCUCGGGUUCGAGGCCGACCGUGAUGCUGGGAUAGCAGCGCUCGUCUACUGCAGCCACAGCUCAGACAUGAAGGCGCCAUUGGCUGUCCUCGGAUUGCUGUGGUACCACACGGUCUUACGACCUUUCUUUGCUCUCGAUGGCGCCAACAGAUUUUCUGUAGGUAUUUCCGAUGCCGAAGACAUCAUUCAACAAAAAGAAGAGAGCUUUCCUAGUUCAUCUCUGUUUUUGUUUUUCCGUGGUCGAAUUCACAGACUAAAAAAAGAAAAUGAUGCUUCCUUAGUAAUAUAUCACAAAGCUUUAGACGAGUCGUGUGGACAGCGAGAAAUAGAACUCAUGUGUCUGUAUGAAAUCGCGUGGUGUAACCUUCUGAAACUGAACUGGGACAAGUGUUUGGAGGCGUUCACGCGACUCAACAAAGAAUCAAAGUGGUCGAAGGCGUAUUACUCCUACCUGGUGGCAGUGUGCCUUGGAUCGAUGGGUGAAGUAGAAAAAGCUCACGAAAUGCUGAAACAAGUUCCGUCGCUGGUGAAGAGGAAGAACAAUCAAAUCGAGGCCUUUGUCAACCGCAGGGCGGAGAAGUUCAAGAAAGUUACUCCCACUCAAGAACACUGCCGUCUGUUGGCUCUCGAGCUCCUCUUCCUGUGGCACGCGCUUCCAACGUGCACCGCUGAAGAGUUACAGCCCAUGCUCAAAGUGUGUGACAUGCAGACGGACCACAAGCUCUUACAUCUCAAGUGCCUUGUGGAAGGAGGAAUUUUCAAAGAACUUGGGGAAGAAGAAAUGGCUGUUAACUGUUUGAAGGAGACUCUAGCACGUCACCAGGGAAUGAAGGAUGACUACCACGUUCCAGCAUUCGCCAUGUUUGAGUUGGCGUCCAUAUACAUGAAGUCUCCAGAGACAACUGCUGAAGCCAAGCGUUUAUUACACGAAGUUAAGGAAAAUUUCCAUGAUUUUGAUUUUGAGAAUCGUCUGAAUGUGCGAGUGAACAACGCCUUGAAACACCUGAAAAGUAAUUCAAAACAGACUUCGAAACAGUCAGUUAAACAAUGAACAGUUGCCUCCCUUAGUCUUGACAUAAAUCUUUAUAAGUUAUUUCCAGAUAUAUUUUUACAGCAGUGAACCUUUUUGCCAUAUUUGUUUUUUUGUAAAUCAACUGAUUAUUUUAUGUACAGACAGAAUUCUUCACUGAGUUGUGUCCCUUAUUAUUCUUACAGAAUUCUUCACUGAGUUGUGUCCCUUAUUGUUCUUACAAAAUUCUCCAUGGGUUAUGUCCCUUAUUCUUACAUAACUCUGAACUGUGUUAUGUCCCUUAUUAUUCUUACAUAACUCUGAACUGUGUUAUGUCCCUUAUUAUGCUUACAAAAUUCUCCAUGGGUUAUGUCCCUUAUUAUUCUUACAGAAUUCUGAGACUGUGUUAUGUCCCUCAUUAUUCUUACAAAAUUCUCCAUGGGUUAUGUCCCUUAUUCUUACAUAACUCUGAACUGUGUUAUGUCCCUUAUUAUUCUUACAUAACUCUGAACUGUGUUAUGUCCCUUAUUCUCAUAACUCUGAAUUGAGUUAACUAUCUUAUUUUCCCCUAAUGUGAACUAAAUGUCUGUUAUAUUUUUUAUUCUUCUGAAAAAUGAAAUGGUGCAAUUUGAUUUUCAGUCACUUAUAUACUUUUUAUUGUUCUUAUAGAAUUCUGAACUGAGUUACAUGUAUCUCCAUUUUUUCUUAAUGACAAAAUAGUUUACCAAUUUUUGUUAUUCUUAUUUUUGGAGAUCCAAGAACAAACCAAAGUGGACCAGUAGUUGUGUGAUAGAGAUGAAUCUAUAAGAUUGUGACACGGUGUUAUUAAUUUUCCAAAUAUGAUAUAUUAUUAUUUUUAAACAUAGAUUAUACAUUUUCUUCUCUUUUUUCAUUAUAUGAGUUUUUAUAUCCAGUUAACAAAAAAUAAUUCUGUUUUGAGUGGUCUGUGUAUAAUAGCGUAUGAAAUUUGUUUGUGUUUUGUAUUCAUGCUCAAUGUAUGUGUGAUUCUUGUUAGUUGAUUAAUACAUGUACACACAAGUUUUGUACUGGGUUUUUCAUUCUUAUUAUUAUUACCUCCCUUGUUGUUAGAGAAGUGUUCAGUUUUAUUCCUUACAUGUGUUAUCUCCCUUAUGUAUAUUUGGUCUCACAUCCUGGUUUUCUAAGGUCAGGUCAGGUCAGAUCAUAGGGUCUAAUGUGCAUGUUCAGCGCAAGCUGUUGUAGCGUACGCCUGUCAUGGGAGCAGGUGUCGAGUUAUGCCAGCUCCUCUGUCGAGGACAGGUUUUGUUUUUAUGACAUGUAAUUUAUUAUAAAGAUACUUGGUCCUCGAAAACCUUUGUGCAGUCCGUCUGGUUGAAACUUACAGUUUAUCCUACAAGCACUACAUACAUUGACAAAAUAUCAUGACUUGAUACGAUAAACAGAGGAUACUUGUGAUAUCAUCAUUUACUGGCACAAAAGGAUCAAAUCCGAGGCCUUCCCUGUGUAAGAUAUCUUGAUAUCACAAGGCGGGUAUUCAUUUCAUUUGCGACAAUUGUAAACAAUGUCAGUAAUUUGGGUUGAAUGUCACUAUAUUUAGCAGCGGUAGACUCAUUAGCUAGCAAAACGACUGUGACGUGACGUCACUAAUGAUAGGUUUAGUGCUGAAACAUACACAGUGACGUAACAAAAGAAGCGAUAGUACGAAUUAUAGCCAGCGAUAUCUCCUACAAAAGCCUUUAAUGGAUGAUAAAAUACUUUAACUUGAUAUGAAGGAUCGUUUGUAUAACAACCAUAUGUAAAGACCAUUUCAGAUAUAUUCUCUAUUAUAAAAAUGCAGUGUAAAUAUAUUUAAAUAUUGUUGUUUAACAUUUUUAUACCCUUUAAAAUGCUUAAUGUCUAAAUGACGAGAUAUACAUAUAUAUGUUUUUAGUUUGUUGUUUUGUGUGGAUUAAAAAAAAAAAAAAUCAAUGAUGUAGUGCUUCUGUGAUAAUGGACCAAUUUACAACAAAGAAUAUGACCAACCCACCAACCUACUUUUAUUGAUGUUAUUUUGUAUGCGAGCAAUUUCUAAAAGCAGGCUUCACAUUACUCCUGAAGAAAUUCCUACCUUGAACUGCAGUUUGUAAUGGGUUUUUUUUUAUAAUUUAGUAUCUGGCUUUUUCAUAAAAAUUGAGAGGGAUGCUUUAAACCCUUGAACUCAACAUAGACCAGUGACCUAAACAUUGCAAAUAAAAACAAGUCAUUAACCCAAAACCACAUUCCCCCCCCCCUCCCCCGCAUUAUUUUUCAUAAGAGUUACUCUUUGAGUGUAUUUGGGGUGAGAAGAAGUGAUAGCAUGCCACCAAAUUACUUAAGGAUUGUCUCAUAUUUAUUUUAUGUUCAUCGGAGUACAAAAAAACCCCAAAAAACAUUCUCAAAGUGUGUGAAUUGGUGAAGCUGUUCACACACGUUUGUGAAAGAUUUUUUUUUUCAUACCUUAAUGAACAUAAAAGAAAUUACAUACACUCCUUAUAACUAAAUUUCAAACAUAAUUACUAAUAAUGACAUUAAAUAUUCAUAUUUUAUUUUUAAUUAGGUUUUUUUGGUUAAUAAACAAUAAUGCUCAAUAAGACAAAAUACCAAUAAAGUGACGUAAUCGGAUAUGACGUUCCCUGACAAUGUUAAUUUUACGUUCAUCAAGCAGUGAACAAACUCGUGUUGCUAUGGCUGAACCAAUGGGAUAACGUUAAAUUGUAAUCAGUGUAAUAGAAAUUUAAUUACAUUACUGUGAUAUUACCCCCCCCCCCCCCCCCCCCCCCCCCUCCACCACCAUGGCUAUUACAAAGACACAGAUUAGUGAGUAAUGCAUCUAUAAUGUGUGUAAGUGGUUUUUCCAUCAUUUUUAUUUCUAAUAAUGUGUCUUCCUUGCCAGUCCUAUUACUGUACCAUCAGCACAGUGUACUAUUCCAUUUUAUAAGAAGUACGUUUGUCUGUGCGUAUGUAACAGAGUAUUGUGAUCUGUGUUAUAUAAUAUUCUAUCUGAAGUAUACUGUCUGUGUGUACAUGUGUAUGUAUGUACCGGUUACAUGUGAUCUAUUAAAAGUGCUCAGUUUGUCAUAUCAGUAUUUUGUUUGUGAUACUGAUGAUGUAUUAGUGAUUUGUUUUGUGAAAUUGAUUUAUUAGUAAUGUUUGUGAUACCAGUGACUUGAUUAUGAGCUCACUGGCUUGUAUUGAUAUCACUUGAUUCAUUUUAAUAUUCAUUUGUUUUUUGAUAUCACUGACUUGUUUGUGAUAUCAUUGACUAGUUUGUGAUAUCAUUAACUAGUUUGUGAUAUCAUUAACUAGUUUGUAAUGUCACUGACUUGUUUGUGAUAUCAUUAACUAGGUUUUAAUAUCAGUGAUUUGUUUGUGAUAUCAUUGACUAGUUUGUAAUAUCACUGACUUGUUUGUGAUAUCAUUGACUAGUUUGUGAUAUCAUUGACUAGUUUGUAAUAUCAGUGAUUUGUUUGUGAUAUCAUUAACUAGUUUGUAAUAUCAGUGAUUUGUGAUAUCAUUAACUAUUUUGUAAUAUCAGUGAUUUGUUUGUGACACAUUUAACUAGUUUGUAAUAUCAGUGACUUGUUUGUGAUAUCAUUUGAUAUUCUUUGAAAAAAGACAUUUUAUAUAAAAUUAAUUAAUUUUUUCUCAAUUUGUCCUAAAAUAUUCCUUAGCUACAUUUUAAACAGAUAAGGAAAAGUUAAUCUUCUUGGACAGACCACCCCCCAAAAAAGAGUCAUAUCAGUGAUUUUUAGCAAAAAACUUUGACGAAUAUUGAGACACAGAAAUGACCAUUAUUUUAAAUUUAUUUAACAUUAAAUACACGAAAGGAAAUGUUUUAUUUAACGAUGCACUCAACAUAUUUAUUUACUGUUAUAUGACAUCAGAUAAUAAUAUAACAACCACAUUUUGCUAAAACACAUGUAAAUAAAGAAAAGAUAAU